AGUAUGUUGUGUGGAGGUGGAGAAUAAUAAUAAUGCAACCGUCAUGCAACAGAGAUAUAGCAGUCACCUGAAACUGGGAAGGAAAAAACUGAAUAAAUUUGAAUUUGAUGAAAUGCUUCUGAUUAAAUUACAGUAACAAUCGGGACAGAUGGAAUGCGGCCCACUUUCCGACCCGUGUGAUGUAUGUGUGUGUGUUGUCGCGUGUUGAAUGUAAAUAUUAAGGGGGAUGUCGGACUUUGGGGCUAAAGGCUAAUCUCAAACCUUAUGUACAGCUUUAAAUUAAACAACUUUAGAACAAUUUGCCCCGGCCAUCCGCAAGAAAAUGGAAGGACCGCAAGUGGCAUUUUUGGUGCUUUUGUUGGCGUUAACAGGUUACCUUGGUAACCGAUUAUGGGCGGCCAUUAAUGGUCCGUCAUACAGGGAACGAAUCCUUCGCUUGGCCUCGGCAGAUCAACAGCUCACCAACCACACCGCCGAGUUUGCUCGACCUGAAAUUCUCCAAGUAUCUGACGGACUUUACAUGGCUAUAGGAUACGCGCUAGCCAACUCUAUAAUGAUCGAGGGAAAGGAUGAAAUAGUGAUAGUUGACGUAACGGAAAGUUACGAGACUGGUCUAGCAAUCAUGUCCGCCUUCCGGAACAUCACCAAGAAGCCGGUAGCGGCAAUCGUGUACACCCAUAACCAUGCAGACCACACAUAUGGAGCAAAGGCUUUUAUCGAAAACGAUCAGAAUCCCCCGGACAUCUGGGCCCAUGAGAGCACGAAUAGAGAAUUUAUACGAACGUUUACGGCGAAUGCAGCCGGGUACCGACGUGCUAUGCGCCAGUUCGGCGUUUUCCUGCCAAACUCGGUGAAUUCUGGGAUUGGGAAAAUGUUGAAAUAUGGCGACGGAAAGGCAACUAUAGGACUCGUUUUUCCAAAUAAAUUUGUGAACCAAAAAGUCACAAAUUUAACUUUAGCUGGCAUUGAAAUGUCCAUCGUUCACAUCCCUGGAGAGACGGACGAUCAGAUAGGUGUAUGGUUACCCAAACAGGAAGCAUUUCUAUGUGCCGAUGACGUCUAUAAGGCAUUCCCCAAUCUGUACGCCAUUCGAGGAACUCCCGACCGAAAUCUCCUACAGUGGGUAGAAUCUAUAGACACAAUCAUAGAAUACAGUCCACAGCACCUGGUACCUAGUCAUACACGUCCGGUAGAAGGAAAGUCGAAAAUACAGGAUAUACUGACGGCCUACCGUGAUGCGAUUCAAUAUAUCCACGACCAAACCGUGAGGUAUAUCAACCAAGGAAUGGAUGUCAUUGACAUUGCAAAGAAAGUGGUUUUGCCUGAAAGUCUUAGAACGCAUCCGUACUUACAAGAGUUUUAUGGCACCACAGAAUGGUCAGUCAAGACCGUGUUCACGUCAUAUUUGGGUUGGUUCAACGGUGACGCAGUUGAUUUGUCUCCCUUGUCCAAGACGGAACGUGCAGAUCGAAUGAUAAAAUUAGUCGGUGUGAGCAAGUUAUUAGAACAGGCCCGAGAGGCACUGAGGGCAAAGGAUUUCCAAUGGGCAUUAGAACUUUCCAGUUAUGUCCUCAUAAUGAAUCCUGGACACCGAGAAGCAACGGAAAUAAAACUCGAUUGUUUGACGUCACUAGGUUCCCGCCAAAAAAGCGCCAACGGACGGAAUUAUUAUCUUACCAGUGCUUUUGAACUUGCUGGAUUAGUUGACAGCUCAAUUUCUUUAAAAAAGAACAGAGAAAAUGGCAUUAAGAUUUUGCCGAUUGAUUUUAUUUUCAAAGCUCUUCAAGUUCGUUUCAAACCGGAAGACUGUGGUCAGGUGACGACAAGUGUGUAUUUUGUAUUUCAAGAUUCAAAUACUCACAUUUCCCUUAUCAUAAGAAAUGGGAUUGCAAUUGUGAAACACGGAGAGUGCCUUCAUUGUGAUCUUGUUGUUACCACCACCGAAACAGUGUUCAAAGACAUGAUCGGAAGUAGAAUCAAAGCUAUAACAGCCUACGGCUCAGGAGAAAUAGAAAUACAGGGUGGUGCUAUGAAUUUCCGAAAUAUUAUGUCUUGUUUUGAAAGAAACAAAUGACAUUUUUUGUUAACAAACUUAUUUAACAAAGUUUUGUUUAUUUAAAAAUAAUUUAUUAUAAGUUUGA